CGGACUCUUUUUGCGGGCGCACCGGGUCCGGGGGUAGCGGGGCGGGGACGGACCGGGCGGCGGGAGUGGGGCCGGGAGCGGGGCGGGGCAGCCAUGCCGUACGCCAACCAGCCCACCGUGCGCAUCACCGAGCUGACGGACGAGAACGUCAAGUUCAUCAUCGAGAACACGGACCUGGCGGUGGCAAAUUCCAUUCGAAGAGUGUUCAUCGCAGAAGUCCCCAUCAUAGCCAUUGACUGGGUCCAGAUCGAUGCCAACUCCUCCGUGCUCCACGAUGAGUUCAUUGCACACAGGCUGGGCCUCAUCCCACUCACCAGCGACGACAUUGUGGAUAAGAUGCAAUAUUCCAGAGACUGCACGUGUGACGAGUUCUGCCCCGAGUGCUCCGUGGAGUUCACGCUGGACGUUCGCUGCAACGAGGACCAGACUCGGCACGUGACAUCUCGGGACCUGAUCUCCAACAACCCCCGCGUCAUCCCGGUGACAUCUCGGAGCAGAGACAAUGACCCCAAUGACUACGUGGAGCAGGAUGACAUCCUGAUAGUGAAGCUGCGCAAGGGGCAGGAGCUGCGGCUGCGGGCCUAUGCCAAGAAGGGCUUUGGCAAGGAGCACGCCAAGUGGAACCCCACGGCCGGAGUGGCCUUCGAGUACGACCCCGACAAUGCGCUCAGGCACACCGUGUACCCCAAGCCAGAGGAGUGGCCCAAGAGUGAGUACUCAGAGAUCGAUGACGAGGAUGCUCAGGCUCCCUACGACCCCAACGGGAAGCCAGAGAGGUUUUAUUACAACGUGGAGUCCUGUGGCUCUCUGCGCCCUGAGACCAUCGUCCUGUCUGCACUGUCCGGCCUCAAGAAGAAACUGAGCGACCUCCAGACACAGCUGAGCCACGAGAUCCAGAGUGAUGUCCUCACUAUCAACUGAGGUGGCCCUGGCAAGAGAGUGCUGUGAGCUGUGAGUGAUGCCUGGCUGAGAUCUGGGGAGAGGCUUUUACCUCCCCAUCAUCUCCCUCUGCCUUUCCUGGCCCAGCAUUUGGUUGUUGACACCUCUUCCCUGGCCCUCCUUCCCAGGGAAAGCCAGUUACCUGUAGGGUAGAAUAGGAAGGGAAUCAGUUAAUGAGCAUCUUAACUGGGACAGGCUUUGUCUCCAAACAAUCCUGGAUUUUGGUUCUGGUGUUGGAUUUUGGCCAUGUGAUGUUUGGGAUUGGGAAGCGUGUACCUUUGUUACACAACCCUACCUUAUUUACAUGUCCAUUCUUUACUGUGCUGAAUAAAGCCUUACCCCCAGA